AUGGAUGACGCUCCCCUACAAGAACAAUUGCUGAAGAAGAUUCAAGAGCUUGACAUUACAGAUGCCAACCUGAAAGAAGAAAUGUCUAUGGGGCAGGCAAUUCAUAUUUAUGACGACAAAGGUGUGAUAAUUUACUGGAAUCGGGGUGCUGAAGACCUGUAUGGUUAUUCUGCUUCAGAAGCCGUCAGUCAUAGUGUCUUUGGCCUCAUUAUUGAAAAGCAUGCCUAUGAAGAAGCAAAAGAAAUUAUUCAAAGAAGUGCCAUUGGGGAAAGCUGGACAGGGCUGUUCCCGGUCAUUGAUAAACUAGGAAGACGAUUUCGAGUUGUGACAACUAAUUCCCCAUUUUAUGAUGAUUGUGGAACUUUGGUUGGGUUUAUUUGUGUAACUUGCGACUCACAGCACUUCCGUGAAACUCAUACUUCUAGAAGAAAACCUUCUGAGAAAGCUGCAUAUCCUAGCUCAAGUCAGCUGUCCGAAAGUAGUACUGCACUGGCAACUACUGGUCUUAAUUCUCAGCAGAAACCUUUUCAAGCUACAAUUACUUCCAAGCUGUUUACUCUGAUAUCAGGAAUGACCAAAAGUGUUAUACGGUGGAUAACGGGAACUCGGGCAAAAACCAUGAAAUGCGAAAUCCAGGGUGGAAAUAGACCACAUGUUGAUCGGCAAGGUUUCUUAGAAACUGUUAUCUCUGACCCGAGAGAGUAUGCCCAAGAGAAAAUGUACCAGGAAAGACUUUUUGGAGAUUUUGGAGACGAGGAUGAAAGUGAGAUGGGAGUCGGCAAGAUGAUAACUUCUAAGGCGGCGGGGGUGUAUUUCCCAUGGGAAGGUGGGGCACGAGACAGGUCGAUGAAAAUGACUAUCACCCAUGGUCCCAGCCUAAAUCGUGAACUAAAGGAUGACUUCCGUCCACAGAAAAGUCAAGCCUUAACAAAUAAGGUUGCUGUCGAAAGUUGCUCAUCAUCUUCUAGAAACGGAAAUCGUGCAAUUAGAAUGGUCACUAGUGGUAGUCGUAGUAGUAGCAGCAGCAGUAGCACUAGUGGUAGUCGUUGUAGCAAUAUGGGGGCAGACUUCUUGAGCUAUGGCAUCUCGUGGGGUGACUUGAUACUUUGUGAACAAGUUGGGAGAGGCUCAUGCGCGACUGUGCAUCAUGGUUUUUGGUGCGGCUCGGAGGUUGCUGUAAAGGUAUUUUCUGAAUUUGAGUACUCAGAAGACUUGCUACAAACCUUCAGACACGAGGUUUCACUUAUGAAGAGGCUUCGGCAUCCAAAUGUUCUACUGUUUAUGGGUGCAGUAACUUCACCAAAACAUUUGUGCAUUGUCACUGAGUUCCUCCCACGUGGGAAUUUGUUCCAGUUGCUUCGACGUAAUCCUCCUGCAUUAGAUUGGAAACGACGUGUUCUCAUGGCUUUGGACAUUGCACGAGGUUUAAAUUAUCUUCAUUGUUACAACCCACCAAUUGUUCAUCGUGAUUUGAAGUCAUCAAAUCUGUUGGUUGAUAAUAACUGGAAACUAAAGGUUGGGGAUUUUGGUCUCUCCCGGCUCAAACAUGCAACCUUUUUAACAACAAAGAGUGGGAAAGGAACGCCACAAUGGAUGGCUCCAGAGGUUAUACGUAAUGAGCCGGCCGAUGAGAAAUCUGAUGUGUAUAGCUUUGGAGUAGUAUUGUGGGAGCUUGCCACCGGAAAAAUUCCUUGGGAAGGCCUGAUCCCAAUGCAGGUGAUUGCUGCUGUAGGGUUCAUGGACCAAGGAAUUGAGAUCCCAAAAAAUAUCGACCCACAAUGGGCAUCUCUCAUCGAGAUUUGCUUGCACAGCGACCCAACAUGCCGGCCAACAUUCGGGAAGCUGCUGGAAAAGUUAUAUGUUAUGCAGAGGUAUUAUUUUGCUCAAAAGGCGAAAUAAUUAAGUUUCUUCGCAGCAAGGGAAAGAAAGUGAACUGUAAAGGUG